AUGCUCAUAUUCCAUUUAUGCGUAUCCUUUUUGUGUCUCACAUUAGCACGCUCGCACCCGCUCAGCUCCGUUGCAAACGAACUUCGCGACCUUGCGACCCAGAAAUCCGUCGUAAUGAGCACCGGUAUUGCGACAGUCAUCAAGGAUUUCCGAGACGGCAUCAUUGCCACCGUGGAGCGCCGAAGCCUCACUGAGACUGCCUCCGAACUCGACAGAGCCUUAGAAGAACUCAUGUGGAGUAUGUAUUAUUUUGAUGGAAUGAAUCCCGACUUUAGUGAUCCCGAAACUGAUCGUACCGCAAAACGCCGGGUUGCUCAAAGUUUGCAGACUGCAAAAGACCACAUUGAUCUUGCUCGCGACCAGAUCCGGCAUUGGGCAGCCUAA